AUGGCAGUGUUGCCAAAAGACGUCAUAGGCAACUUCGGCCCGCCGCGUGACGCGCCUUGCAAAGUAUCAGCUCUCGUCAGCUCCUCGCAUAUCCAGCCACCUCUUGUGGGCAGCUUGUCGCGUGUCCUGCCUCCGAGCAGCUUCUGCCAUCACCUCUUAGCGUGUCCCGUCUCCCAGUCACCUCUCAUGUCAUCUCGCCUCUGCGGGAGCUCGUGUCAUCCCGCCUCUGCGGGAGCUCGUGUCAUCUCGCCUCUGCGGGAGCUCGUGUCAUCUCUCCUCUGCUGGAGCUCGUGUCAUCUCUCCUCUGCGGGAGCUCGUGUCAUCUCGCCUCUGCGGGAGCUCAUGUCCUCUCGCCUCUGUGGGAGCUCGUGUCAUCUCGCCUCUGCGGGAGCUCGUGUCAUCCCGCCUCUGCGGGAGCUCGUGUCACCCCGCCUCUGCGGGAGCUCGUGUCAUCCCGCCUCUGCGGGAGCUCGUGUCAUCCCGCCUCUGCGGGAGCUCGUGUCAUCCCGCCUCUGCGGGAGCUCGUGUCAUCCCGCCUCUGCGGGAGCUCGUGUCAUCCCGCCUCUGCGGGAGCUCGUGUCAUCCAGACUCUGCGGGAGCUCGUGUCAUCCCGCCUCUUCGGGAGCUCGUGUCAUCCCGCCUCUGCGAGAGUUCGUGUCAUCCCGCCCCUGCGAGCUCGUGUCAUCCCGCCUUUGCGAGCUCGUGUCAUCCAGCCUUUGCGGGUGCUGGUCUCGUGUCAUCUCGCCUCAGCGUGAGCUCGUGUCAUCUCGCCUCUGCGGGAGCUCGUGUCAUCUCGCCUCUGCGGGAGCUCGUGUCAUCUCGCCUCUGCGGGAGCUCGUGUCAUCUCGCCUCUGCGGGAGCUCGUGUCAUCUCGCCUCUGCGGGAGCUCGUGUCAUCUCGCCUCUGCGGGAGCUCGUGUCAUCUCGCCUCUGCGGGAGCUCGUGUCAUCUCGCCUCUGCGGGAGCUCGUGUCAUCUCGCCUCUGCGGGAGCUCGUGUCAUCUCGCCUCUGCGGGAGCUCGUGUCAUCUCGCCUCUGCGGGAGCUCGUGUCAUCUCGCCUCUGCGGGAGCUCGUGUCAUCUCGCCUCUGCGGGAGCUCGUGUCAUCUCGCCUCUGCGGGAGCUCGUGUCAUCUCGCCUCUGCGGGAGCUCGUGUCAUCUCGCCUCUGCGGGAGCUCGUGUCAUCUCGCCUCUGCGGGAGCUCGUGUCAUCUCGCCUCUGCGGGAGCUCGUGUCAUCUCGCCUCUGCGGGAGCUCGUGUCAUCUCGCCUCUGCGGGAGCUCGUGUCAUCUCGCCUCUGCGGGAGCUCGUGUCAUCUCGCCUCUGCGGGAGCUCGUGUCAUCCCGGCUCUGCGCGAACUCGAGUCAUCCCGGACCUGCGCGAGCUCGUGACAUCCCUCCUCUGCGGGAGCCAUUGCCGACCUUGCCUUGCGGCCGGCCAGCUGCUGUGUGCAGGUCAAGAUAGCAAGUCCACCCGUACAAUACAAGUUCCAGAAUUCGGCCCGCCGCGUGACGCGCCUUCGACUCUUGUGGGCAGCUUGUCGCGUGUAUGCCUCCGAGCAGCUUCUGUCAUCACCUCUUGGCGUAUCCCGUCUCCCAGGCACCUCUCUCGUAUCAUCUCGCCUCUGCGGGAGCUCGUGUCAUCUCGCCUCUGCGGAAGCUCGUGUCAUCUCGCCUCUGCGGGAGCUCGUGUCAUCUCGCCUCUGCGGAAGCUCGUGUCAUCUCGCCUCUGCGGGAGCUCGUGUCAUCUCGCCUCUGCGGAAGCUCGUAUCAUCCCGCCUCUGCGGAAGCUCGUGUCAUCUCGCCUCUGCGGGAGCUCGUGUCAUCUCGCCUCUGCGGGAGCUCGUAUCAUCCCGCCUCUACGGGUGCUCGUGUCAUCUCGCCUUUGCGGGACCUCGUGUCAUCCCGUCUCUGCGGGUGCUCGUGUCCUCGUCUCUGCGGGUGCUCGUGUCCUCGUCUCUGCGGGUGCUUGUGUCAUCGUCUCUGCGGGUGCUCGUGUCAUCCCGCCUCUGCGGGAGCUCCUGUCAUCCCGCCUCUGCGGGAGCUCCUGUCAUCCCGCCUCUGCGGGAGCUCCUGUCAUCCCGCCUCUGCGGGAGCUCCUGUCAUCCCGCCUCUGCGGGAGCUCCUGUCAUCCCGUCCCUGCGCGAGCUCGUGUCAUCCCGGCCCUGCGGAAGCUCGUGUCAUCCAUCCUCUACGAAAGCUCUUCUUAUCCCUAGCUCUGUGUCAACGCCAUGCAGGUAUGCAGGACAAGCAAGCAAGUCCAAUACACACUGCACACUGUCCAUUCGUACAGUACAAGCUUAAAAGUUCCAGGUAAUUACGUUCAAAUACCUAAUAAUCAUUACACACACCGAUAGAUUCUCUAUUAGAAUUUCUUCAAUUUUCAAUUUUAAGUUAGGUUAAGGUAUUCGAUGUUGUUUUCUGGAUCUAAUCUGGAUUCAAUCUCAAUUAAAUGCUAUUGUCAUAUUUCAAAACAACGAGAUAUUCACACCUGGUACAUUAACGGCGAGGCAAGGCAAGUCGGAUCCGUCGCGUGGUCGCGUGUUGAGCCUUGUAAAGGAUCAGCUCUCGUCUGCUCGUCGCGUAUCUUACCUCCCAGCUGCCUCUGCCGCCGCUUCGUCGCGUAUCCUGCCUUCCAGCCGCCUUUGUCAGCGCCUUGUCGCGUAUCCUGCCUCCCAGCUACUUCCACCGACACCACCUCGCGCGUUCUGCCAACCGCAUCUGCCGGCACCUCGUCGUGUAUCCUGUUUCCCAGCUGCCGCUGCUAGCGGUCUCGUCGCGUGUCCCGUCUCUCAGACGCUUCUGCCGACACCUAGUCGUGUGUUCUGACUCCGAGCCCUCUCCGCGGGGGUUUCACCGGCUGCCCAGCCGACUCUGCCAGUGCCUCGUCGCGCGUCCUGUCUUCCAGCCGCUUCCGCCGUCAUCUCGUCGCGUGUUCAGCUUCCAGCCGUCUCUGCGGGCGCCUCGCCGCGUGUCCUACUUCCCAGCCAGCCCUACCGGUGCCCCAUCGCCUAUUCAUUCUUCAUUAUACAAAGAAACUUCAAAAGAGGUCCAGAUGGCUCGCUGGUCUUGCUCUCCUGUCAGUUAUCAGCGUGUCCCGCCUCUAUUCUUCGCCUCACUUCGCUGGCUGCUUGUCGCGUUCCGCCACCUCAGAAGCGGCGGGCCAUGGCCCGCCGGCUCUGUAUACUGCUGUCCUGCACGAAGCGAGUGUCAGGCCGACAUCAUAUUACACAAACAUUAAAAUCAGAGGUAACUUGACGGUGAUCCGCUCCAUAUAGCUCCAUCCACCAUUGCGUCCACGCGCAGUUGGUCCCAGUCCAGCUGCCCUGCCGCCUCCAUAGUGCGUACCAUUUGGCUGUCAAUAUAUCGUGAUGCUACUUUUUGUCAAUCGAUUUCAACAUGCAUAUACAAACUAUGUCUGCCCGAGGAGCUCAUGAUUUCGCACUAUUAAAAAAAAAUAACUGCAAGAUGGAAUUUAAAUUUCAGUCAAACUAAUGACUGUCACAUUAUUUCAAUAGAUGCGUUACUGAGUAUAUAUAACAAUAAUGUAUGAACAUGACCCAUCAAAGGAGAGAGACAUGCUGUGGUGUAAACAUAAGUGUGAGAAAGGCGAAAUGUGACCUUCUCAUUGAUUGGCAUUUGUUAGUAAACUCUAUUAUUGAAUCCUCAAUCUGGACAUGAUCAACUCGUAUCGGCAUUAGAACAGCUACCGUACUAAAUAAAAAUCAGCAUGGACGAUUUAAAUAAUCGUAGCAAAACUGCUAGCAUCAGUCUAAUGGUGUGUAUUUCAAUUUAUAAAUCAGAAAGAACUUAGUCGAUGUCACUGUUGUAGCUGUCUGCUAGCUAGAGGUUUGCAUUUUGAAAUGUUUCCCAGCCCGCAGUUAACAGAAAACGCAUGGCUUUAUUGGACAUCAAAAAAACACAUGAAAUUGAGACAUCUAAAUACCUAUCUAUAAAUUGGCGACGUAUUUUCUUAGAUAUUGCAGUUAGGUACGUUAUCUGAAGAGCACUUGGCAUGUAACCAUUAACUUGUAGAUGAGCACCACUCGUUGCAAUCAAAUGGCAGUCCAGAUUCAAGGCAAUACAUGGCAUCUUGCAUCACAUCGGCUUGUAAAUAGGAUAUAUAAAUAUUUCUACAUGCAGAAGCGAUGUAUUCUUUGCAGAAUUAAGUGGUUGACAAAACUGGAUGUCACAUUAAAACCCUGCCCCGCUGAUCGUUUUAUGUUAGUGAGCCUACCUGGUAAUUGUCUAUUACAUAUUAUUAUUGGGCUAGCUUAGCGAGAAUAUAAGCACCUACUUACCUCUCAAAUCUACUAGACGUGAGUAUUUUUAAUGCCUAAAUUAUUCAGCAAGUUGUACAGUUUCUAUGUCAUAUCAAAAUGUGCGUCUUUAUUUUAGAUCUUUUAGUCUGCAUGGAUUUAGUAUCCUAACCGUAAUACUAUUUGGAAACACUUGGGGUUACUUAUAUUAAAAACCGGUUUAUACAACCUGCCAGAGAGGUAUGUGGAUGUAGAAUUGAAUAUUCAAGCGUGGAUACGGUUUUAACUGACAUCUUGAGCAAAGUGUUCAUCCAGUAACAACCAUUUGAGAUAUAUAUCACCUACAUCUACCUACUACAUUCCACGAGGAGUAGUCAACAUUCAACAGCUAACUUGAACGUGAGCAUCAGUCAAUAAUUAUUACGAAGCUAAGAAGAAACUAUAGCUCUGAAAUGUAUUUUGUCAUCAUCUUCCUUGGAACCAGACUCCGUAAACAAAGAAAAAGUACCUACAACAUUUUACAAAUAAAUGAAUAAUUUGGGAAUAUAUCAGUGGAAGGCACCAAAUCACCCACCAGCGUUGGCUGGUCAAUUCAUUUUCAGAAUCACGUUUUUCACGAGCGUCAAAAUAAUUUGGCGGACCACAAGCGUUAUUUACCAUACAAUUAAAUCAAUAUGAAUAUAGACUUAAUUCAUAUCAUAUCUUGAAUAUACCUAACAUUUUGCGACUGCAGCGCAAUAAGGAAAUUGAUGUGUGCCAACUAAAAUCUAUAUGUAAACAUUUUAUUGCUUCAAAAAAUCAAGGUAAUCUGAAUCUGUCAAGUUUACUAUAUUAAAAAUCGGUGGCUGGUAGCCUCUGGCAUCCUGCAGCUGAUUAUUGAUUUUCAGAUUCUACAGAUUAUAUAUUUUUUGUUUUUAUGAACUUAUUUUUCAGAUUAAUAAUUCUAUGGUAAUCAUAAGAUGCGACAUUUUUUUACUUUUGUUUACUUUGAUUUUGUAAUAAGACUAUGUAAAUUUUCUGCAAGUUUCUUUUGUCAUCAGAUCGCCGGCGAAGAAUUUUAAUCUUUGUUUUUACAGAAUUUUAAUAUCUUAUUUUUCUUUAUUAAGUUUCACAGAAUUUAAAUGAUAUCUUAUCUUUGUUUUUAGUUAGUAUUUUAUUUUCGAAAUGCGAAAUGUUAAUCAUAUUGUUUCAGAAACUUUUUAAGGUAAAUGUAUUAUUUAAGUAGGUAUAUUAGGUACAUACUCCGUUGAACCAUUUAGAACAUACAGAAUAAACAAAAAGGUUUAAUAAAUCUAUAAUAAAAAUACCUUUAACACUAUUAGGAGCAUAAGUGACGUAAAUUUCCAGAUCAUCCCAAAUAAUAUGUUAUAUGAGAACCAGUUUACCAGAAAACAGAAAAAGGAAUCUGCAACUUUAUAAGAACUAAGUAAGUGUCCAAAGGAUACGAUACUUCAUAAGGUACAGUGGAAAUUUUGAUAUAGUGGACUUUAUAAGGAUAAUUAGAAUCUUAUUGCAUCAAACACAAUGACAAGGCUACUUAUGAAAACAUGGUAAGUGUGCUAAUCUAGCCAUUUGCAGGUUACAUGUUAAUAAAAUUGACAAGAUAGCCAAAAAUAUUUAUCAUAACAGGUAAAAAAACGAAUAUACGGUAUUAAAACACGGAAUAUAGUAAAAAAUAAACCUAUAAUAUUACCAAGAUAAAUUAGAAGUUGCCAAGAUGCAAAAAAUCAUCAAAGAUCCGAGCAAAUUUGAAUAUGUUAAUCUCAGAGGUUCGGUGAGUUAGCUAACAGUAUAUUUGCAGGUGAAAUGAUAUCAACAUAGCGCCCUUGAAAUUAUGGAAAUGUGAAAGGUAACAUCUUUUUAAAAUUGUAUUUGAUCACAGGGAUAAAAUAAAACAUGCAAUAUUUGAAAGGAUUUAAAGCGAAUAAAUGACGACAGUUAUUAGCAAACAUGAUAAUAAAUAGCUAAAUACAUGAUUAUUAAAAGCAAAGUAAAAGGAUCCAUCACCUAAUCAAUAUAAGCUUACAGGGCCAUAGUAUUUAUUGACAUGGUCAAGAAAUGAAUCUACAUAUUGUAUAGCUAUAUACUUUUUGCGGUGAGUUUUCCAAAUAAUUUAUUUACAGAACAAAGAUAAUAAAUAAAAACUACUACACUAGUGUAGUAGUAUACCUAGGUACCCAUACAUAAAGCGGCUCAAAUAAAAUUCGAUGUUGGAAAAAUACAUUUUUCCUGAAGAGAAAAUGAAAAGAAUAAAAUUGGAAAUGUAAAAAGCUGUCGAAAUGUGUAUUUUUUUCUCCAUAUUAGUGAAAUGUUGGUGAGUAAGAUACCACUUUACAGAUUCGUUACUUCUCAAAAAAGAAAGCAAGAUGGCUCCAGUAAUAGAUUUUCAGUAAAAACUGUCGACCUUGUAAAUGUUAAAAAAUACGACUUCGAAGGACCUAUAAACUAAAAAGACCAUUUACUCUUAUUCAUUAAAAAAAGGUCCAUUCCUAGGCCAUCAUCAAGACAAUUUGAAUUUUCAAGAAAUUUUUUCAGAGCCUCAUUCAUCACAUCUUAAUUGAUCAAGUAACUGACAUAAUUUACGUCCAUAAACGAUCAUCGCAAGAAAUGAUAAAUAUAAUGGAAGAAGUAUAUAUCGGAAAAGAGCUCGCUGUAUGUGCAUUAAUCAAAAUUGUGCAUAAACGCGAAUGUUACAUAAAAAUAAUUUCAGAAACGAGUACGAAGCAACAAACCACUGAUUUCUUACAGGUUAAAGGAUAUAUAUGAAAAUAAAAUUUAAUUUAUAAAAAUACAAUACAUACUAGAAUAUAUAACAAUAUUUAAAAUGACACAAAGAAUAAAUCAUAGCUCCGAUAUUAAACACUAAUUUAAACUUUAAAUAGGUGAGAUAUUCUAACGGAUUUGUUCACAGGUUCUUAAUUUUAAUUAUUUGCAGAAUGAAUAAAGAUACUAUUAUCACAAUCGUGCGAUUGGUAUAGCCAUGUUACUUCCAUAAAUGGUAUGAGAAAACUAUACAUUUAGUAAAAGAAAAAAAGCAAACUGAUGAUGAGAUAUACUUACUUACCACAAUCAAUAUCUAAUAGCAUAGUCCACAGUAUGUUCCAGCCUAAUAUAUAUAUUUUUUCUCAUGAUAAACUGGCCUAAUAAAUGUAUAUAAUUAUGAUAUAAUUUGUAAGUAAUAAUGUAUGUAAUAUUUCAAUAAAUUAAAAAAAAUGAAGGAAUAAUGGCAAAAAAAAUAAUGCCUAAAAAGAAAAGAAAUUCGAAUGGUUACAAAAACUAUAUUGUAAGCAUAAAAAAAUACAUAAAUUAUAAGCAUAAAAAAAAUACAUAAAAACAAAAU